GCCAGAGACGAGGCGGUCGCCCCGCUCAAUCGUCUUGCAUUCACUAUGCCUUACUCAACCCAAGCCACAAUUGAUACGUGGACCACCAUCGUCUUUUAUUGCAGAGUUUUUCUCGUCAAGAAGGCAGCAACAGGAACAGAGAGGAGGCCUUCAUCGCCAGGCGCCUCCCUCCACCCACACCGCGCAGUUCCGCCCCCGACCGGUGGAGUCCAUUCAGCUAACCAGCGCUCCAAUCACACGUGGGUCACCUUGCCAACCUUCUCCUCUAUUUUGGCCUCGAAGCGCACCUUCCCAUCUCUUACAUGUGUUCCUUGGCUUCGUGUGUUGAUUGUGCCGUCCGUAUAAAUAGUGAAGACAGACGCCCCCCACUCGACUCAGACACACCACAGAUCCCGAUUCGUGCGACGAUGGCCAAGUCUCAACAAGCUGCGCGCACGUCCGCCAAGAUCCUGCGCACGAGCGUGAACGCCAUGCGCACUGUCAGCAGCCACGCAGCGUCCAAGGCUUCGGGCCUCGCUGCACACCCGGCGCUGCGCCCCGUACUCAUGAGUGUUCUCAUGUUGUCGCUCUUGACUCUCGCCGUCAUGAGCCUGGGCCACUUUCAGCUCUGGAUGACCGGCGCCGGUCUCUUCAUGGUGGCCAUGAGCAUCGCUAGUGCCGUACAGGAGUUUAAGUUGCCCAAGACCGCACAGUCAUACCAGGACUUUCUUGACCAGGAAAUUGACAAGUGCAGCCCCGACAUGGUCACGCUGCCCCAUCUGUCUCCUGUCAAGAGCAGCGCUGACAAGAAGCAGCAGAAACAGGUUCCCAAGGACGAGGUAUCCUCCAUGGCGCUGAACAUCGCCUCGCCGGCUAUUGUCAACCUGCCAGCCCCUAUGACCCCUAUCCAGCAGGAGAAGCCUAGCCGACGAGAGAGUGAGGACAGCAUUGGAGCUCUAGAGUCCGCUAUGAACACGACGGUUGUGGAGACCUCUGCUCGUCGGAACAGCACUGAAGUUGGUAGUAAGCUCGACGUGCUCCACUGCGGCACGGUCAUUGACAUUCAGGGAUCACAGGGAUUCAUUAUCCCGCACGACCUGUGCGUGGACGCCACGGCAGCAUCCAAGACUGCACGCAGUGACGCUGUGGCUAGACUCCACCCAUCAGAGCAGCACAAGAUGCCGCUAGUUAUUCCGUUUAACCUCAGUGAGGAGGCUCGUCAGGAGAUUGCAGUAGGCAAGACCGUGGAGUUCGCGUACGCAGCGGAUUCUCCAGCGACGAAGCGCGCUCUAAAUGUAACACCAGUACCCACCGACGACGGCAUUAUGAAGAGCCGUUCAGCACUACAGUCCUGCAAGCAGGCACGCGAGGUGUCGUUCGCCCGAGCCAUGGAAGAGUUGACGGUGAUCUCACCACGCAACGUGCCAGUGAAGCACCACGUGGACCUGAUUAAGUACGCUGAGAAGCUUGAUGACCACGAUGCUUCCUUCGACCUGUAAGACGAAAGGAGAAGCAACAUAGGGAUGGCUGACGAGUUCAAACUUGUUUGCAUGUGAAUACCAACAAUUGAAGACCAGCUAAGAGCUGGAUUGAUACAAUACUUUGAGCCUACUGUUUGCACCCGAGCUUAUAUUCGCUACCACAGCAAACAGCAGAGCUUUUUCUGCUUCAUGCUCCUCUACAUUUCACAUCGCAAGCAUACUCGUUCUAGCAAGAUAAAUACGGACGAAUUGCGAGCUCCACCGAGGAGCAUGUUGAAGCCUUUUCUUCCGCGCGAAAAAAGUAGUGUAGGCGCUAACGCUAACCCGUUUCAACUCCCUCUUCUUUUCAUCUUAACCCACUAACACGAUGAUACCUAGUACUACUUGU